CUCUUUUUAUUUUUCUUCUCCCUUUUGUAACUGGAUCUCUGCCACCAUGGCGUUCUUCCAGCGAACAAAGGAAGCUCCCAUGGAAUUCGAAUAUCAGUAUCAACCCUACCCUUAUAGCGCAUUCGAUCCUCCACUCAAAGAUCAAGAAAUGAUCGAUCGAUCUCUAUACGAGCCAAUCGCACCACCGCCUGGUGAUCCUUUACCACAAUCUUCUACUACUGCUACGAAUACCAAAGACGUUGACGACGUGUCGAUGCAUUUUGGCGGAAUCAAAUUGAGCGAUCAACAACAACGACAGCGAAAAGAACGAUCUGUAGAACAUCGCGAAAUACAAACCGACGAUUUAUUAACAUCAUCACAGGACACGUUAUUGUCAACCCCACCGGCUACACCUCCCGAUAUUUCGACAGCCCCAACCAUUUCUAACACUAAUACUUCCACUGCCAAUAACCCAGACAACAACAAGGAUCAUGAAGAUGUUCCAAUGUCACUUGACGAAGAACGGCAGCGCCACAGUGCUUCUACACCAACAUCACAACAACAGCAUUUGCAUCAACACAUAUACCCAUCAACACAUAAUCCAGACUACAGUUAUCGUGAACACGUACUCUAUGUUGCCUCAAGUUUGAUACGCAUCGGAUGUGAUAUCGCAUGGUUCACCAUGGCUGUCUAUGUCGGUAUCCAGUUUGCUCUCGCCUUGAAACGUGAUGUGAAUUUAAAAUUGGAGACAUUUGAAUCAGAUCGCUUGGAUGAAUUCUUGAAUUGUCAAAUGGAAUACGCCAACAAUCGAUGCGAUCCUUCCACACGUGUUCCGGCAAUGGAUGAACUAUGCAGGCAAUGGCAACAAUGUCUUUAUAGACCCAUGUGGAUUGGAACGACACGAGCUGUUGCUGAAACGCUGGCGGAUAUCAUCAAUGGCUUUGUUGACAAAAUCUCAUUGCGAACUAUGUUCUUUAUAUUAACGAUCGUAUUACUGACGCUAUGGGCUCGAACAUAUACUCCUACUGUUUCAGCAAUUACAGCAACAGCACCAUCGUCAUUAUCUUCUUCAUCAAAACACUCUCAUCAUCAACUACAAUAUCAUCCUUAUCAUCAUAACGAACCUGUCGGUUACCUCCCUCCUCUACCUACGCAAGAAGAAACAAAACAAAUAACCUUCUAACUAAUAGUAUCAAUAAAACUAUUCACAUGAUUGUAUAAAUUCUUUUUCUUAAUAUAAAACCCUGAUCAUACUACAACACCGGGAAAAUGUG